GGCCAUACAAAUUGUAUGACUCUUCUUUUCGCACACUGGAGGACAGUGGGUGGCUUUCUGAUGAGGUCAUUGAUGGAUACCUGCACUGCCUCAUUAGGAAACAAAAGGAACCCGUGUAUCAGUUGUCUUGCGUUGUUGCAACCUCUCUGUUUUCUGGGAAGUUUAAAUGUGUCACCAAGAUGUUGUUUCCAGCUGAGGACAUUUGGUUGUGCCCACUGAACUUCGGUGCACACUGGAUCCUUGUGGUUGUCAAAAUCUCCUCACGAUCUGUACUGCUGUUAGACCCUCUUGGAAAUGAAGGUUGUUAUGAAAGGAAAAUUAUGCGUAACUGGAGGAAUUUUCUGAAGAUGAAAGGAAAGGAAGAGUCCCGAGUGGAUUGGAAAAUGGAGACUCUGCCACACAACAAGCAGAUGGACUCCAGCAGUUGUGGAGUUUUAGUGUUGAAGUUUGCCGAACACUACCUUAUGAGUGGAGAGGUUACUAGGGUGCUGUCCACUCCAGAAGCCAUUGGGCUGCAACGCACAGAAAUUGCUUGCAAACUGCUAGAACAUCAAAGUAAUGCUGAUGACUACUGUGUGGUUUGUUCCAUGCUGGAAGCCGAUCCUGAGUCCAGUAUGAUUGAAAUGGUGCAGUGUGAGUUUUGUCUCAGAUGGGCACAUUUUGGAUGUGCUCAAUAUGAGAGCAGCCUGGUCAAGUACUUGUGCGACAAAUGUGCAUAAUUGUUAUGAAUACUGUUUCUUUUCCACUUCUUUCUCCCUGUGUUCUGUUGGAUCUGUAAAUAUCAAAUAUAUAUAUCUGUAAAUAUAUGCUGUCAGUCACAGUAAAGUACAAAGAGCAGCCUGGUCAAGUACUUGUGUAAAAAAAAAAAAAAA